AUGGCUCGUCUACUGCGGUCGGUACAGCGAUUGCUGGGAAAUCCCAGCCCGGUAGUUUCUAUACCUCCGCCGAGUCCUAGUGCGACUCGAGUUCGAUCAAUCGAUACGGACUUUUCGAUUAUUAAAGAGGGUGACCAGGUCUUAUUACACACCAAACAGCCCACAUUGACAAAGCCAUUGAAGAAAGGAGGCAAGACCAGUCUUCGGCGGGGACAUCUGGAACACGAUCGUGCUAUUGGCAGUCGAGUAUGGGACGCAGUCCAGGCACACAAGGGUCCAGACGUUCGACUGAGCCUUCCAACUCUUGAGGAAUAUGUCACUUUGACUCCUCGCUUGGUGACACCGAUCUACGCCCAUGAUGCCAACCUGAUCGUCUCCCUCCUCGAUAUCCAUACGAAUCCGACCGCCACAAACGAUAAUCAACCCCCGAUCGAAAUCCUCGAAUCCGGAACUGGUCAUGGAUCCUUGACAUUGCACCUGGCACGUGCCCUCCACGCCGCAAACACGACACCGCCGCCUCGUCCAGCCGGUUCACAAAUACAAUACGUAGCGGGCCGAAAUAGAAGCCCAACGGAGAAAGGUACACCAGAACUGGAACCGCAAACCUCUACAGAGACCGAUCCAUCAAAAAAGGAAUGGGAUGCGUGGCGGACAGAGCGUGGCGCCAUCAUUCACACGGUGGAUGUUUCAUCCAAAUUCGCCAAACUCGCCGAAAAGAACGUUCUAGGUUUCCGUCGCGGAAUUUACUCUGGCACCGUUGAUUUCUACGUCGGCGCAGUGGAAGAAUGGAUCAAAGCGCAAAUCGCCCAACGCACCAAGCCGGCCGAGCCGGUCAAGCCAUUCCUGACAUAUGCCAUUUUGGACAUGCCAUCUGCCCAUGAGCGUAUCCCAUUGGUUAAGGAUAUUAUUCACCGCGAUGGCAAGCUGAUUGUCUUUGCGCCUAGCAUCACGCAGAUUGGCGAUUGCGUGCGGAUGAUCCAGAAGAUGAACCGGCCUUUUGUUUUGGACCGAGUUGUUGAGCUUGGAUCUGGACUGACUAGUGGCCGGAACUGGGAUGUCCGUCUCGCUGUCAAAAAAUCUGGAUCUGAUCCCUCAACAUGGGAAUCAGCUACUGAAGGCGAGGAAGCUGUUCCUGUUGAGGAUGAGGCAUCGGACUCCGAACCAAUCGCCAGUGUGGAGCCUGCAGCCCCGAGCGCCGCAUUUGAUGAAUCGAACGCCGUAAUGGUGUGUCGGCCAAAGGUUGGACUGCGCACUAUGGGUGGCGGAUUUGUGGGAGUCUGGCGUCGCAUUGAAGAUCACCCUUGA